CUCAACACGGCAAGGCAGUGUCUCAUCCAGCCGAGAAGGAACUCUGGUAACCACCAAAGAUGUCUGACAAAAGCCCCUUUGAAACAGAUAUGCUGACACUCACGCGAUUCGUUAUGGAGAAGGGACGCCGCGUCAAAGGAGCGACGGGGGAGCUGACACAGCUGCUCAACUCCAUGCUGACUGCCAUAAAGGCCAUCUCCUCUGCAGUCAGAAAGGCAGGCCUGGCCCACAUGUUUGGUAUAGCUGGCACUGUGAACGUGACAGGUGACGAAGUGAAAAAGCUGGACGUGUUAUCCAACUCCUUGGUGAUCAAUAUGCUCCAGUCCUCCUACAGCACCUGCGUCCUGGUCACAGAGGAGGACAAGGAUGCUAUCAUCACGCCGAAGGAGAAGCGGGGUAAAUACGUGGUGUGCUUUGACCCCCUUGACGGCUCAUCCAAUAUCGACUGCUUGGCACCAAUAGGAACAAUAUUUGCUAUCUACAAAAAGGAAACAGACACUGAGCCCUCUGAAAAAGAUGCUUUGCAGCCUGGACGUAAUAUUGUUGCUGCAGGUUAUGCCUUGUACGGCAGUGCUACGCUGGUCGCCCUCUCCACAGGGCAAGGAGUGGACUGCUUCAUGCUCGACCCGGGUCUUGGUGAAUUUAUUUUGGUGGACAGAGAUGUUAAAAUCAAGAAGAAAGGGAAGAUAUACAGUCUCAAUGAGGGUUAUGCAAAGUAUUUUGAUCCUGCAAUGACAGAAUAUUUACAAAAGAAGAAAUUCCCUGAGGAUGGCAGUUCCCCAUAUGGUGCCAGGUACGUGGGCUCCAUGGUAGCUGAUGUUCACCGCACAUUGAUGUAUGGUGGGAUCUUUAUGUAUCCUGCUAAUCAGAAGAGUCCUAAAGGAAAGCUCCGACUUCUCUACGAGUGCAAUCCUAUGGCUUUCAUCAUUGAGCAGGCAGGUGGGAUAGCAACGACAGGGACUGAGGCAGUGUUGGAUGUGAAACCUGAGAGUAUCCACCAGAGAGUCCCUCUUAUCCUUGGGUCUCCAGACGAUGUGCAAGAAUACCUCGCUUGUGUACAGAAACACCAGAAGAGCAGCUGAAGGCCUUUCCACAUCAGAACUUGCUCAUUUGUCUUCAGCCUGCAGGAAA